GGCGUCUAUAAUAUCUGUAUUCUAGCAUAGGAAUCUAGGAUCGCGUUGGAGUACUAGUAAGCAGAAAACUGGCCGAUGUUUGAGAAAUUGCGGUAAUUCAACCUAUUACACUUUUAGGUUUAUCAUAGAAAAUAGCUAAGAAUGCCGCGCAUAGUAUUUAACAGAAGAACAAUUCCUCUGUUUACAAUUACAACGAUUGUCUUACUGUUUUGGUUGACUUUAAAUUGGCACAAGCAAUUAUCAUAUCUGGAGGGCAAAGCGACCAAAAUAAAAAGAGGUCCUAAUCCUGUAAAUAAAGAGAAACGAAGUGGUUUAACUGCACAAGGCAAAACAUUUAAACUAGAUGGAAAGCCAAUGACAAUAAUUAGCGGUGCAGUCCAUUAUUUCCGGAUGCCGCGUGAGUACUGGAGGGACCGUCUCAUGAAAAUGAAAGCAUGUGGUUUAAACACAAUUGAAACUUAUGUACCAUGGAAUUUGCAUGAACCAAUACCUGGGAAAUAUAACUUCACUGGGGACCUUGACCUUGUGCAUUUCAUUCUACUUGCACACAAACUUGAAUUCUAUGUCCUGCUUCGUCCAGGCCCCUAUAUUUGUUCUGAAUGGGAAUUUGGGGGUUUACCGUCAUGGCUGCUAAGAGACCCCAAAAUGAAGGUCCGAACCAUGUACCCUCCAUACAUUGCUGCAGUGACUAAAUAUUUCAACUACCUGCUUCCAUUUGUAAAGCCCUUGCAGUACCAAUAUGGUGGACCCAUCAUUGCUUUUCAGUUGGAUAAUGAAUAUGGGUCAUAUUUUAAAGACGCUGAUUACCUUCCCUACUUAAAGGAAUUUUUACAAAAUAAAGGCAUAAUUGAACUGUUGUUUAUUUCGGACUCAAUCGAAGGCUUACGACAGCAAACCAUACCAGGAGUGCUAAAAACAGUCAAUUUUAAGCGUAUGGAAAACCACUUUACUGACCUUAGCAAUAUGCAACCAGAUGCUCCAUUGAUGGUCAUGGAGUUUUGGACAGGCUGGUUUGAUUGGUGGGGAGAAAAGCACCAUAUCUUGACUGUGCAGGAAUUUGGAGAAACUUUGAAUGAAAUCUUUAGCCAAGGAGGUUCGGUUAACUUUUACAUGUUUUUUGGCGGUACUAACUUUGGUUUUAUGAAUGGGGCAUAUAAAGAUGGUACUGGCUUUCACGCUGAUAUAACAAGCUAUGAUUAUGAUGCUCUGAUCGCUGAAAAUGGGGACCUGACUGAAAAAUAUUUCAAGGCCAAACAGAUUAUUGAACAUUAUUUUCCUGGCACUACUGACCAGAAGUCUAACAUUUUACCAUUGACACCACGUGUUUCAUAUGGAAGUGUACCCAUAUCACAGUCAAUUUCUCUGUGGAAUGGUCUUGCAGCAAUCCCCUCUCAGGUUGAAACAGAGAGCCCUGUUUGUAUGGAGAUGCUAGAUAUAAACUCAGAUGCUGGCCAGUCAUAUGGAUACAUUUUGUAUCAGGCAGAAGUCCAGUUACCCUCAUAUGAAAAAUUCAUUGAAAUCGGAGGUGUCCAGAAUAUUUAUGAUCGUGGUAUUUUAUUCGGAGAUAACAUAAUUAUAGCUCGGGUUAAAAACAGCAUGACCACCAAACCAAAAAUUCCUGUAGAUGGAAAGGAAAAAAUUAAAGUGAGUAUUUUAGUUGAAAAUGGUGGACGAACGAACUGGCAAGAUUUUGAUGACCAAAGAAAGGGGAUUAAUGGUUUCAUUUCAGCUAAUAAUGAGCCUGUGAAAAAUUGGAAGAUUUCUCCUUUGGAAAUGGACGAAAAGUACAUCCGAGCGCUUUCGAAAUCUUCAUGGACCUCCGUGGAACAAAGCUGUGAUUCUCUUAGCUCACCAAUGUUUUAUAAAGCGGAAGUAACUUGCCGUUCUUCGCCCAUGGAUACAUACCUGGACAUGAGCUCUUGGGGAAAGGGGGUUGUAUUUGUUAAUGGUAGAAACUUAGGAAGGUAUUGGUCAAUUGGGCCUCAGCAGACUUUGUUUUUGCCUGGGCCCUGGCUUCAUAAGGGAGCAAAUGAAAUAAUUAUAUUUGAAGAGACAAAAUGCAGCAAGGAGUUAAAGUUCACUGCUGAAGCGCGGCUUGGUCCCGUAGUAAACCACUAAAUAGAGAUUGAAUUUUCAAAUUUUAUGAUUUUUUGUCGUAGAAUUUACUUAUUUUAUUAAUUUAUGAACAACCUUUGUGUUACGCAUUUUAUAAAAAUUUCCAAGUCCAAAAGGAAAAUAGAAAACUGUGAGAAUUGCUUUCUAUAUAUAUAUAUUAUGCAUGCAUUUAAAAAACAUUCAAUUUUUGAUUCUUUAAAAAUGUGUGUUGUAUAUAGUAUAUUAAUGUAUUAGUGGCUCAUCUGGUAUAAACAAGCCACUAAUACAUUAUUUAUACUAUGCCUGGUAGCAGAAGUAACAGAAUAUGGUAUAUUAGUUACAGAAACACAAAAAGUUUUGCAAGUGCCAUUGUUUAUUUUAAUUUCUUUUUUUUGUUAUGUGGUUCAUGACCAUGUGUAUUAUAUGAAAACCCAAGUGGGAUUAUUUUUCAUCUUAUUUUGUAGAUUAAUGAUAAUGUGAUGGUGAUAUGAUAUUGUACAAAAGCCUAUUCACUGUGUUUUGUAUAUAUAUGCUCGUAUAAAUGACUGCUUCUUGUUUUGUCCAAUCUGCCAAGCAGUAAAAUGGAAACCUAUACAUUAAGAAUGUGUACUUUUAUUCCAUGUACCAAUAACUUGUGUAAACUGAAGUGAAUUUUCUACUAUUUUUAAUAAGUUCUUUGUUUAAUAUCUGUUGUGUAUUAUAAUUAUAAAUAUAUAUAUAUAUAUAUAUUAUGUUCAAAUUUCGUGUUUAAAGCUUUCUAAUUUUUAAAAUAUUGGAAAACUAAUUAGUAAUUACACAGUAAUACAGUUUUGCAGUAUAUAAUAUGCUAGCUUACACUUUAAUUUAUGUACUCCGAUUUUUGCAUUCA